AUGUUCACCAAAACUUGGCCAGAUCGUUCUCGUCUCUUGUUCUCCUCCUUUGAUCCUGCCAUUCAAAGGAUAAUUAAUGAAGAAGAUGGAGCGAUGCAUAAGCGGCAUGCUUCUCCUUCUCUCCGUGAGAGGAAUGUACAGAGUUCAUUUAACACUCAAAUGUCAUCUACUUCAAAUAUACCUGGAUAUGGAACAUCUGGUAUAGUUGCAAUGGACAGAACUUCUAGUUUAUCUUCAGGGAUGUCCUUUUCUUCUGGGAUGAAUUUAUCCCAAUCAAAACCCCUUGGUAAAGCAGCUAACCGUACUCUGGAGAGUGUGUUACACGCAAGCAAACAGAAAGUCAGUGCCAUUGAAAAUAUGCUUAGAGGUCUGGACAUAUCCGAAAAACAGAGGUCAACAAGUUUGGAUCUAGGAAUUGACCCUCCAUCAUCUCGUGAUCCACCAUUCCCUGCUGUUGUUCCAGUUUCUAAUAGUCUCACAAGCUCUUUAGGACUAGAAUCAAACACCUCCAGUGUUGGCAAAGGUAGUAACCGCAAUGGUGGUCUGAUUAUGUCUGACAUCAUUUCCCAAAUUCAAGCUUCCAAAGAUUUAAGCAAAUUAUCAUAUAGAAGUAGUGUGGCAACUGAGUUUCUACCAGCCUUCUCAUCGUACUCUGCCAAGAGGAUAUCUGAAAGACAAGAACGAGGUUCCUUUGAAGAGAAUAGUGACUUGAGGGAACCGAGGCAUUUCAUAAAUCCACAUAUUGAAAGGCAAUAUUUGGACAUGCCUUACAGAGAUGCAAGCUCUAGGGAAUCACAGCACAGUUACAUUCCAAACUUCCAGAGGCCGCUUUUAAGAAAGCAUGUAGCUGGCCGGAUGUCUGCUGGAAGGAGAAAGAGUUUUGAUGAUAGUCAGCUGUCACUUGGAGAGAUGUCAAAUUAUUUUGAAGGUCCAGCUUCUCUCGGUGAUGCCUUAAGUGAGGGACUCGGUCCUAAUUCUGAUUGGUCUGCAAGGGUAGGUGCAUUUACUUAUCUCCGGUCUUUGUUGCAGCAAGGCCCAAAAGGUAUUCAGGAAGUGGUUCAAAAUUUUGAGAAGGUAAUGAAACUGUUCUUCCAGCACUUGGAUGACCCCCACCAUAAAGUUGCACAGGCUGCCCUUUCAACACUUGCAGAUAUUAUUCCAGCAUGUCGUAAGUCCUUUGAGAGCUACAUGGAGAGGAUCUUACCCCAUGUGUUCUCACGCUUAAUUGAUCCAAAGGAGUUGGUUAGGCAACCUAGCUCAAGUACACUGGAAAUUGUUAGCAAGACUUAUAGCAUAGAUUCUCUUUUACCUGCUUUGCUGCGUUCACUUGAUGAACAGCGAUCACCAAAGGCAAAAUUGGCUGUUAUUGAGUAUGCCAUUAGUUCGUUCAACAAUCAUGAUAUGAAUUCUGAAGGUUCUAGUAAUAUUGGCAUCCUGAAGUUAUGGCUUUCUAAAUUGACGCCACUGGCCCAUGAUAAAAAAACUAAGCUUAAGGAUGCAGCUAUUACUUGCAUUAUAUCUGUGUACACACAUUUCGAUCCAACUGCUGUUCUGAAUUUUAUUCUUAGUUUAUCAGUUGAAGAACAAAAUUCCUUGAGACGGACACUUAAACAGUACACACCUCGUAUUGAGGUGGAUCUAAUAAACUUUUUGCAGAGCAAGAAAGAGAGACAGCGCACUAGGUCAUCCUAUGACCCGUCUGAUAUUGUUGGAACAUCGUCUGAAGAAGGAUAUAUUGGUGUGUCCAAGAAGAGUGUUUUACUUGGGAGGUAUUCUUUUGGUUCCAAUAAUAGUGAAGGAGGUAGGAAAUGGCAUUCCACCCAGGAAUCAACCCUGGUCACUGGCAGUUUUGGCCAGACAGCAUCUGAUGAAAACCAGGAAAACAUAUAUCAGAACUUUCAGACCAGUCCAAAUGCAGGUGUUCUUCCCUCCAAAACUAAAGAAUUGUCUAAUACGGCUUAUUCUAUGGGUCUGGAUCGAACUGGCCCGGUAGAGAACUUGGAAAGUAAUUUCAUCUUGGAAGGUGCAUCUACUCCACAACUGGAAACUAAUGGUCUGAGUAGAUCUGACUCUUGGGGGCUAUUAAUGGGGUUGUACAUAAUAAUGAGACAUUGGCCGUUUUGGAUCUUAAUCACCUUAAACCAGCACCUGUAAAGAUUAGCUCCAUCCCUGACUCCAGGCCUAGCAUUCCUCAAAUUCUU